AUGGGAUUGCGGACAAAGUUAGCUCUGCUUAGAAUCUUAGGAGAUAUGAACAUAAAGGAUCAUUUUACAAUUAUCAGUUUUGAUUCCACCAUUGAAAAGUGGAAGGAUUCAUUAGUUCAGGCAACUCCAGAAAAUACACUGCAAGCAAAAAGAUAUAUCAUCUACUUACAGCUGGAAGCAGAAGCAAAUAUAAAUGAUUCUCUGCUACUAGCUGUAAAUUUUCUAAACGCAGCUCACAAACAAAAGCAACUGCCUGAGAGGAGUGCCUCCAUGAUAAUUCUCUUGACUGAUGGUGAUCCAAAUGUGGGAGAAAAAGACGCAGUAAAAAUCCAGAUCAAUGUUAAAAAUGCCAUAUGGGCAAGGUACAGCUUGUACUGCCUUAGUUUUGGUUUUGAUAUUGAUUACAGUUUCCUGGAAAAAAUGGCACUGGAUAAUGGUGGUGUGGCUCGACUAAUUUAUGAUGAUUCAGAUUUAGCUUUGCAGCUCCAGGGUUUUUAUAAUGAAGUGGCAAAUCCCUUGCUUUUGGAUGUUGAGCUGCAAUAUCAGGAAAAUGCCAUUUCAGAAUUAACAGAGGUCAAUUUUAAACAGUACUAUGAUGGCUCUGAAAUUGUGGUAGCUGGCAAGAUAUCAGACAACAGUCUAGAUGUAUUCAUAGUAGAAAUUACAGCUCAAACUGCCAGCAGUAAUUUAUUUCUUGAAGGUAAAGUCAACAUGUCAGAGGCAGAGAGCAUUCUUCAAUAUCAGCAAUAUAUUUUUGCUGACUUUACUGAGAGAUUGUGGGCAUACUUGACUAUUCAACAACUCUUAAAACAAAGAAUUUCAGCUAGUGCAGAGGAAAAGAAAAUACUAAUGGACAGAGCCUUGGAGCUUUCACUGAAGUACAGCUAUGUAACGCCACUAACUUCUGUGGUUGUGACUAAACCAGAGGAGGAGAAAAUGGAUGUAAUCCUUAUGGCUGACAAACCCAUUGAAAAUGUUGAUGGAGAUCCACAUUUCAUUAUCCAAUUGCCAAAGCAAUCUGUUGCCAUCUGUUUCAACAUUGGUGGGACACCAGGUUCAAUGGUAAAUCUUGUCACUGAUCUACACACAGGCAUAAAAAUAAAUGGACAAUUAAUAGGAGACAAGAAAGCAGAAAACAACCAGAAAUUAAAGACGUAUUUUGGAAAGUUUGGGCUUGAAAACAAGAAACUCAACAUGAAAAUAGUAGUGACAACUGAAGUGAUCACCAUUUAUUGCAGUGAAGAAAAGAUUAUUAUCCCCUGGUCAACAACAGCAACAUUAACAUAUGAGAGCUUCUCAGUCUCUGUCAUGAAAGAAAAGAAUCUCACAGUAACAAUGGGAGAUGGUGCAACAUUUAUUAUUGUACUGCAUCGGGUCUGGAAAAAACACCCUCUGCACAGAGACUUUCUGGGGUUUUAUACACUUGACAGCCACAGGCUCUCAAAGAUGGCCCAUGGAUUACUGAGUAUGUAG